AUGAUGAAUUACAGUAUUGAAAUGGAUAAAGCAAAAGCAUUGUUUGCACAAAAAUUAGUGCAAAAGGAAAUUGAUAUGAAAAAUUAUAAUUUACAACAAAUUGCUAAAUUAUUGAAGGAAACAUUUGAUAAGACAUACGGUAUUGGAUGGCAAUGUAUUAUUGGUAAUAGCUUUGGUUGCUAUAUAACACAUUUACCAAAUUCUUUUCUAUAUUUUUCUGUUCAAUAUUUUUCUGUGAUACUUUUUCAAACAAAUUUAACCACCGCAAUAGUUUAA